GCAGGGUCGGGUUGACCGCGAGAAAGGGGCGUGAACGAGCGCCAGAGCGGUCAUUCUCCGAUGUGCAAACCCAAAUAAACCAGAAUCAUAUUUCUCGGAACACUUUUGUUCACAUUUGGCAUAUUGUGACAAUUUUAACGUUUUUUUUUUAAAUACUGGGAUUUGUGGAGCGGAGAAUGGCAGCUGAAGUGAAUGGCAGUUCAGCUCCAGUUAAGGAGGAAGACGAACCAAUGGACAUUACUGUAACACACACAGAGAACUACCAGACACUCAUAGAUGCAGGCCUUCCACAGAAAGUGGCGGAGAGCCUGGAUAAUAUAUUUCAGACUGGACUGGUGGCUUACGCUGACCUGGACGAGAGAGCCAUCGACGCCCUGAGGGAGUUCAAUGAGGAGGGAGCCCUGUCAGUGUUACAGCAGUUCAGGGAGAGUGACCUGUCACAUGUGCAGAACAAAAGUGCAUUUCUCUGUGGUGUGAUGAAGACAUACAGACAGCGAGAAAAGCAAGGAAGUAAAGUUCAAGAAUCCACAAAGGGUCCUGAUGAGACUAAGAUAAAGGCUCUUCUGGAAAGAACAGGUUACACUUUGGACGUCACCACAGGACAGAGGAAGUAUGGGGGGCCUCCACCUGACGAGGUGUACUCAGGGGCCCAGCCUGGAAUCGGAACAGAGGUAUUUGUUGGCAAGAUCCCCAGAGACUUGUAUGAGGAUGAGCUGGUGCCUCUGUUUGAGAAAGCCGGGCCCAUUUGGGACCUGCGUCUAAUGAUGGACCCCCUCCUUUCGGGUCAGAACAGAGGUUAUGCCUUCAUCACCUUCUGCAAUAAAGAUGCUGCCCUAGAGGCCGUCAAGCUCUGUGAUAAUUAUGAAAUCCGGUCGGGCAAAUACCUGGGUGUGUGCAUCUCUGUCGCAAACAAUCGCCUGUUUGUUGGGUCAAUUCCAAAGAACAAGACAAGAGAAAGCAUAUUGGAAGAUUUCAGCAAAGUCACAGAGGGCCUUGUGGAGGUGAUACUCUACCACCAGCCAGAUGAUAAAAAGAAGAACCGUGGCUUCUGCUUCUUAGAAUAUGAGGACCACAAAACUGCAGCCCAGGCCCGUCGCCGCCUCAUGAGUGGCAAGGUGAAGGUGUGGGGGAACCCUGUUACUGUUGAGUGGGCAGAUCCAGUAGACGAACCGGACCCAGAGAUUAUGGCAAAGGUAAAGGUGCUGUUUGUGAGGAACCUGGCCACACCGGUCACAGAGGAGCUCCUAGAGAAAACGUUCUCCCAGUUUGGGAAGUUGGAGCGGGUCAAGAAGCUGAAAGACUAUGCCUUUGUGCACUUUGAGGACAGAGAUGCUGCCGUGAAGGCAAUGCAACAAAUGAAUGGCAAAGAAUUGGAAGGCGAGGAGAUAGAGAUUGUUCUGGCAAAGCCUCCGGACAGGAAGAGGAAAGAGCGGCAGGCCCAGAGACAGCCAACUAGGACCACAGGAUAUGAUGAUUACUACUAUUAUCCUGCUCCACGCAUGCCGCCUCCCAUGCGAGGCAGGGGCCGAGGUGGGAGAGGUGGCUAUGCCUAUCCUCCAGACUACUACGGUUACGAGGACUACUACGAUGAUUACUACGGUGGUGGUUACGACUACCAUGACUACCGAGGUGGCUACGACGACCCUUACUACGGGGGAUACGAUGAUGUCUACGUUCCGAGAGGAAGGGGGGGCAGGGUGAGUCGAGGUGCCCCCCCUCCCCCUAGAGGCCGAGGAGCACCACCCCCUCGUGGCAGAGGUGGCUACGUCCAAAGGGGGGCUCCUAUGGGUGUACCGAGGGGAAGCCGUGGUAGCCGGGGAGGCCCGCCCCAGCAGAGGGGCCGCGGCAUCAGAGGGGCCAGGGGAAACCGCGGGGACAACUUAGGCGGGAAGAGGAAGGCUGACGGUUACAACCAACCGGACUCCAAGCGCCGGCAGACCAACAACCAGAACUGGGGCUCCCAACCCAUUGCCCAGCAACCCCUGCAACAAGGUGGCGACUACUCUGGUAACUAUGGUUACAAUAAUGACAACCAGGAGUUUUACCAAGAUUCUUAUGGGCACCAAUGGAAGUAGACAAAACAUGAACGGAUUGGGCUUUGACAGCAACCUUUGAUUGGCUGUGUGUAUAUAUCACCCUUCACAUUCAAAAGAAAUAGAAAAAAAAAAUAUGAAUCAAAAUGCAUAAAUAACAUUAGAAAUAUGAAUUUGUUGCACUACAGUACCAAUAUGGAGCAAAAUAUGAAUGUACAUACAUUAGCUUGCUUAAUAAUUUGUGCUAAUCCUUUUUUGCUUUGCUUGUGGCUACUUGGGACAUUUUUUACCAUUAUUUUAUUCUUUUUAAAAUUUAAGAUUUUUUUGUUUAGCUUUUUUAAGCUGGCAUUUACAGGAAAAAUUGGACGAUCAUAAAAAAAAAGAAGAGAAAAAUUCUUUGAGAAAGCAUUUGCAAUCAUGAGAAUCGUUCAGUGACUGGCCAGCAACCCAUUCCCAGACCCCUCUCCCCAUUGGACAUUUUCCCUCCCAGAUUUCUGAUUGGUAGGCAUAGGACUUUGCUUGUACAUAAAGGCUUUAAACUGAAAGCUUUAUUUUCAGUUUUGUUGCAGAGGUGGGGAAAAAAGGAGAGGAAAAUUGCACUUUUUCAUGUACCGGAAUAGUUACGUAAAAGUUGUAUGUUAAGCAUUCGUAGAAGUAGACAAACUGUGUUUUUCUAAACGUAUUACUACAACUUUCUCUCAAAUUUGCCCUUUUAGAUAAUGGUCUGGCAAAACCUUAAUCGCCAAGACAAUUUGCUCUUUGAUGUGUUUGUAUUUAUAAUAAUGUUCUUGUUACAUUUCAAUAAAACUCAACCAUACUUCAUUCAA